AGAUACCAAGGAGCUGAAUUCUGCUGAACCCUUCUUCGAGAGCACAGUAAGCCCCAAAACCACUUUACUAUCUACUUCUUCUACUCCUCGUUCCAUUUAAUACAUGUGGUGUUUCAAAAUGAGGUAGGUAGGUAGGUAAGAACGACCCAAAAGAGGCAAUACUGCACCUGCUGAUAAAGAGCCGAAUCCCCACACACACUCCCACCCACUCAAACACUGCCUUGCCACUCUAUGCUUCGAAACAUGCACCUCUCAGCAGCCAUGAAGCUCCUACUCUCCCUUCUCGUUCUUCUUCUGGCAGUUUCAUCAGCAACCGUGGCUGCCCCUCCGCCGUCAUCUGUCAUCGUGAUUGGCGCUGGUUUAUCAGGAAUCGCAGCAGCGAAGACACUUCACGAUGCCGGGAUCAAGGACAUUGUAAUCCUGGAAGCAACCCCAAAGAUUGGAGGAAGGCUGUCCAAAGUGGCAUUUGCAGGGCAAACCAUGGAGGUUGGCGCUUGUUGGUAUUUCGGCGGCGGCCCACAGCACAACCCUCUCGUCGACAUUGCAAACUCCCUCAAGCUCAACACUUACCCUACCAACUUCGGCAACCUCUCCUCCAACACCUACAAACAACAAGGUGGAUUAUACCCAAAAGCAGAGGUUGAUGCAGCAUUGGGGGCAGGAGCAGCCAGAGCACAGUUCUGCACAAACCUCUCCACCACGCUCAACUCCAAUCCCAGAAGCGACCAAGACGUGUCCGUUAUGGGAGCUUACUUGCUCUACAAACAUGUGCCAGCGACGCCUCUCGAGAUGGUGGUGGAUUACUUCAACAACGAUUACAUAGAUGCACAGGCGCCACAGUUGACGAGCGUGAAGCACAAGUACCCAAGGCACGAGCUUGUGGAUCACGGGGUUAACUUCAACUAUGUCAAGGACCCAAGAGGCUUUGAGAGCAUGGCUUAUCAUAUUGCUGAUCAGUUCUUGAAGAAAGGCGACCCUAGAUUGAAGCUGAAUAAGGUGGUGAGGGAGAUUAGCUAUUCCAAGAAAGGAGUGACCGUGAAAACAGAGGACGGCUCUGUUUUCCAGGCCAAAUUUGCUAUCCUCUCUGCCAGCUUGGGAGUUCUCCAGAGCAAUCUCAUUUCCUUCAAACCUGAGUUCCCGAUGUGGAAAAGAGUGGCGAUAUCGGAUUUCAGCAUGGCUACAUACACCAAGAUAUUCAUCAAGUUCCCUCACAAGUUCUGGCCCACUGGCCCUGGAACUGAGGUCUUCUUCUACGCACAUCAACACCAUGGAUAUUACCCCAUCUGGAAGCAUCUGGAGAACGAGUAUCCUGGAUCGAACAUACUGUUUGUGACCGUGACUGGAGACGAAUCAAUCAGAAUAGAGAAGCAGUCGGAUGAAGCAACCAAGGCAGAAGCGAUGGAAGUUCUGAAGAAGAUGUUUGGGAAUAACAUUCCGAACCCAGAUGCUAUACUGGUUCCCAGAUGGUGGACCAACAGGUUCUUCAAGGGAAGCUAUGUCAACUGGCCGCCGCGUUAUAGCCACGAGCAGUUUCAGCAUCUGCAGGCGCCAGUUGGUCCUGUUUACUUCACUGGAGAACAUACAAGUGAGAAGUACAUGGGGUUUGCCACCGGUGCAUAUUUCUCGGGAAUUGAGAGUGCCAAUGAUGUGAUCAAAUGCCUCAACAGAAAAAUCUGCAGAGCGCAUUAGGAUGAUGGCGGUCAUUUGGACGAAAUAAUAAGCGAGUUGGUUUCUAGCUGAAGACCAGUUGAAAUUGUUUACUGAGUUGGGUUCCCUUUUAUGGCCUGAGUAGACUUUUAUCCGAUGUUGUCGCCCUUGUGUUGUAAUAAUUAGAACACUUCUGAUGCGAACCUUUGAAUCCGGCAUGUUAUCUCCCUAAUGAGCGAAACUCUGAAAAUUCGGAUUCAAAUCAUUGCGGAUACCCAAAUCCGCCAUUGACAAACUAAAUUGGUAGCUCUAGAAGUGUUGCAUUGAUAAACCGCAAAUGUUUUCAGUGCAUUAACUGUACAUUGAUGGUAUGGAUUCAAAGCUAAGUUAGGGAAAAGGGGCCGGAUUAAAAGUUGAAACAAAAAAGACAUCGUAGAACUAUGUGGUAGGCUAAAACCGUAAAUCUUCAUUAAGCUGUUAUAGACUCAUUUUGCAGAGGUCAGAGGAGAUGUCAUGGGCUGGGAGGAAAGUCACGGUCUGGACCGUGGCCCCUGUUCCUCUUUCUGGUCACGAUAUGAGUACUCCUAUUUGAUGAUAUUAGAGCACCAUAGAUUGGGAGUAAGGGUUCGAUAACACGAGUGUGAGUCGGUUCUUUGCUUUGUGUUGACUGGCAAUCUCACCCAAUAGAAGGUGAUUUGGUGAAGAAAAUGAGCGUAAGAUGAAGUUUACCACAAAACAUCGGCCAAUUUGGUGAAGAAAAUCCAGUGGCCGAUACUAACAACUUAAUACAGACACUCGGGUGCAAGCCCUCCGGAAAAUUCUUCAUCUCGGUUACUUGUCCCCAAGUCGAAAGAAUCCGAGUUCAAGUCGUACAAUGAAGGUUUUGGCCAACUUUAUAAAUAAAAGGACUAAAACCCCCUUUAUGUAAUUAGUAUACAUAGGACGCUAGGGUCGAGCUUUCAUACACACUUUUACAAUCACUCUACCAUAGAGGCACUAGUUAGAGAGCAUAGGAGAGGUGGUGAGACUCUCGAGGAGCUCAACGAGGAUGUUGUCAUCAUCUACGAUGAUGUCAUCCAAUUAUUAUUUGUCUAUCUAGCUUAUUGUUGUUUAGGGUAUGUUGUUUAUGCAGUACUUUCUAUAACAAGAUUCUCAUUGCAUUCAAUGCUUUAGUUCAUCGAUGCUAGUUCCUUUAGAUG